UACUCUCUUCUUCCUCAUCCCUUCUCUCAUCCUCUUCUCAUCCUAUCCGGAUCUUAACCAUACCUACUCUGCGAUUCCUACCACUGAUUGCGAUAUUCCUCUUGAUCCUUCCCCACACUCGCCCCUACCCCAACUAUGUCAGCCGAACUCACAAAAGUCGAUUCUGCCAUUGCUGGCUUGUCAAUAACUCCCAAGGAGGAGAAAGAAGCCGACAAGGCGUCAAAGAAGACUCACAGGCGCCAGUCAUCUCAGUCGGACGGGAUCUGGAAUAUCAAGGACUUGGAGGAAAAAAAGAUCGAGUUGACUCUCCCCAUCGAAACACAAAAGACCGGGUGGAAGCUCAACACCUCGCCGUCUACAAUUGAGGACAAGGAUAUCCUCAAACUCCAUCUCGUAACCCCCCCGGUGAAGAAGAUUGAUCUGCAUUUCCCGUUGGGAUUGGAGGUGACUGCUCGUAAUCUCAAGGGAGUCACAAUCAAGGACGCGCUGGACGCUAUCUACAAGCAGUUCAAGAAGAAGGCUAAUGAUGAGCUGGAUAAACCCUACCUUGCUGGUUUCGAGUGGGACAAGGAAGAGUGCUGGACACGCCUAAUCGUCCACCAGAAAAAGGAAGGCCCGGCUCCACAGACCUCAAGUAAGAAGUCCAAGAAGAAGAAGGAAGAGGCAUAGAACGGGCAUGUUUAUUGGUGUGCUAAGUGCCAAUGGUUGCUCUCCUUUUCUGCCCAGGACGUACUUUCCAGACUUAAUCUUUACUCUCAUUUUGCUUCUUAGCACCUCCCUACGGCUUGUUUCAGGAUGUAGAAGCCUGGACUAGAGGGCGAUUUCCCUACAUAGCUUGAUUUGAUUCUACAAUCUCAAUAUUACUGCACUUCUAUUUUCAGUCUUCCCCUAUCCCGACUAGUCUACUUAUUGGCAUGGAGAUUACGUGCAAGCCCCUGCUGUCUUUACCCUCAGUAGAAGGAGU